CCACUUCCCAAUCCUAUGAGCAGGUGACCCCCCUGAGACGACACCACCGCGAGCUGCAUCUUUGCGUUAUCCUCUGGGCGCCAUGACGUCCGCUUUCCAAGCAAAGAAGCAGAAGAUUCUGCAACAGCUCAACCAGCCAGCUGAGGCAUACAAUGACUUGUCUCCGAAAGGCACCAUCGACGAGGGCAUUCGCACGUUGAUUGAUGAAAUCAAUGAAAUUGAUGGCCUUGUUACCACCAGCAGCUGCGCGGGUCGAAUAAGCGCCUUCCUCGAGGGCAAGAAAAAGCUGGCAGCCGGCAGCGCCAAGUCCCAAGAAGAAGUAUCUCAAGAGCAGAGCAUCGCCGGACCAGGGGGUAAAGGCGGGGGGCAAUGGCUUUUUGUGUCUCAUGAUCCCAUCAGGAUACCGGACAAUGCUGAGGAUAUCCGUUUCUAUGAUCUUUUUGGCCUGAAAAGCUCCAAGGGUCAACAGCCUCUCAAGCACCAACCAGGACGACGAUACGUUCAUCUUAAGUUUGAGGCUAUGAUUCUGCACCUGUUUACCGCGUCGCUCGAGGAUGCCCAAAGAGUACUCUCCGCGGCCCUGCAAGCUGGGUUCAGGGAAAGUGGUUCUGUCAGCCUAACCAGGAACGCCGAUGGAAGCGUAACUCCAAUGGUAGCAGUGCGUUCCAUUGGCCUUGCUUUUGACUCUGUCAUUGGAUACCAGGAUGAAGACGGAGAGCUGAUCCCAGUUGUGGAUGGGCCAUAUCUACACGGUCUGGUAGAACUAGCCAAUGAGAGAUUCCAAGUUAACACGGAUCGAAUUGCAAGAUUCAAGAAGCAGCUCCUCGAGUCCGCAGGUAACAGCCCGACCAGCAAGGCCCCAAAAGGAAAGAAGAAUGCUCCGGACUGGGAGGAUGCUGCAACGCGGAGAGAACGAAAACGAGCCGAAGGUCUGCGUUUGCAGCAACUAAAAGUGAACAAGAGGGAUACGGAUGCUGACACAAGCCCCUCUUCCGUGACACCAUUCUAAGCUGCGGAGAAUAUUAGAAGUUUAGAUUCCGUUUAGUUUCCGUUCAGCGUGUGUCCUGGCCAAUCGGGGAUUUCCCCGGAAACUUAUUAUUCAUGUCUUCCUUCUGAUGCACCAUUAUAAAGCUUCACAAUCUGCCGUAAAGGUGCUGUUGAGUAUAGUUCACUUCAUCAUCCACUACGCCAGAAUGAGUUUCACGGAGGCAAAUCGCAACCGCUUCGAUAAGCUUGCUUCAGAGUACGACGCCAUACCAUGGCAAAAGAAAAUGAAUUCCAUGCUCACUCAGGCAAUCCGCG